CCAGACUGCGCAAGUUGGAAGAAGUUGAAAUACUGAAGACCCUUCAAGCAAAAUUCAGGUCUUUAGCAAUGGAAGCAAAUGAUGAGAAUCUUCCGGAUACUGGUGACAACCACGAAAAUAUUUUGAACCUCAUCAAUUAUUGGGAACACAACUCUUUUCUAUACAUAAUGACUGAUUGCUGCGAAAAUGGAUCGCUGGACAAGUUUUUGGUAGAGAAUGGGAAAGUUUCAAAGCUAGAUGAGUGGAGAGUAUGGAAAAUUUUGAACGAAAUACUAAUGGGAUUGAGGUUUAUUCAUAAAUGUGGAAUAUUGCACCUUGACCUGAAACCUGCGAAUAUAUUUAUCACUUUUGAAGGAUCUUUGAAAAUUGGGGAUUUUGGUGUUGCUUCCAAACUCCCUAUACCUCCUUAUUUUGACCGUGAAGGAGACCGGGAGUAUAUUGCCCCAGAGGUGAUUUCAAAACACAUAUAUGGGAAACCAGCCGAUAUAUUCUCAUGUGGUCUCAUCAUGGUUGAAAUCGCGGCCAAUAUAGUCUUGCCAGACAACGGAACAUCAUGGCAAAAGCUGAGAUCAGGCGACUUGACAGAUGCAGGGAAGUUGUCGUCCAGUGACCUGACCGACUUGGAAGGAUCGAUCUUCUCCAGUGCGAACACCUACUCAUCAAAUCUUACGAAUACAACGAUGACCACUGGCAUAUCGGCGUCACCUACGGAGUUAACUAAAGCAAAUCACUUGAAAAGAAUGAGGGUUCCUAGUUGGGCACCAUCUUGGUUUUGCGAUGGCAGUUCAGCCCUUGAUAAGUUGGUUACAUGGAUGAUCGAUCCAAAUCCUACAAAUAGACCAACUGCGGAAGAGAUUUUGAGAAGCUACGAAUGCACUGUGGUAGAAUCCAGGAGGAAAUGUGGCGCAACAAUAUAUGAGGGGGAUUUUGGACCCCAGCCCGAUCACGAGGAUCUACUUUUAGAGAAGGAAGUGACGAGUUCAACAUCCACUUAUAAAAUCGCUAACCUUUGUGGCAAGUGGAAUCGGAAGUCCUCGAUUGAUAUGAUCCUGGAAUGAGUGGAAGCGUACGAAUGUAACGAUAAUGUACAAUUAUGAGAUAUGC